CCAGCCAGUGCAUGUACAUAUAAAUUGGAGUGAACUUAAGAUUUAUAAAUGGAUAUAUUUAUGUAUUUAGAUAAUACAAAAAGCAUAUCUUAUCCUUAAAGUUUGAACACAUUCCCAUAUAAGAAUUUUAAAAUGAAGAUAAGUACAAAGAGUUGCUAGUUUAAAAUUAUUUUUACACCUAUAUAUUUGCAUGCAAAAUUAAAUUCUAUUGCAUAACUUGUAUGAAUAUUGGGUACGUAAAAAGAAUUAGGGGAGAGAAGUUCCGUGUUGUGCCCAGGUCAGGGCGUCUCCUAGCAACGAAACUCUCACAUUGAAGUUUCAGGAAUCAAAAUAAUAACAUUUCAUCAUGUGCUUUCACAUUUCAUCCUAUAUUUUAAAAUUUUAAUUCUUGCUGUAUAUACGCUACUACAAAAUUUAAAAUACUUGUCUCGUAGCCCAAUUUGAAAUAUGGCGAGCCCUACUGAUAGUAAAUUGAGGGCCACUACUACAUCAAAUAGCGAGUUGCUCCAAGUGAAGGUCAAGUUGCAGAAAGAGGCCGUGAAGCAAGAUCAGUUUGCUAUCCAUUAUGAUAAGCUCAAAGCCCUUAACACCAGAAUGGAGACUGGUCUAGAUUUGCCAGUAAUUGGUGGCGACUUGACUGCCCACAACGAGCUCUUGGAAAGAAAAAGAGCAGAGAAGGAUGCUGAAAGUUUAUUAAAAUUUCCUAAAAAGUUUGAUCGAACUGGUCGACCGAAACCGGUUGUAACCCAAUUUGACACGGAAAUGCAACAGUUGAGAAUGUUUAUGGAAAAGUUGGAGGCUCGUCAUAUUUCUGGUUUAAAGACGAAGGAAGUUUGCACCCAGAUUACGGCACAGUGGGAGAAGGACUAUUUUGCACUGUUUCGCGAAUUUGAAGAUUUCCAGUCGGCCAUGACCACUCUGAUCCAGUCCGAGGGGAGAGCAGUGGAAGAGAAGAUUGCUCGAUUUGAGGCAGAGAAUGAGCAAAUCCGGCGUGAAUUUGAGCGUGAAAAGGUCAAGUUGGAGGCUUCAAAUCGUGACUUGCAGAGGGACAAGAGUUGCAACGAGUGUGAGAUUCGCACAUUACGCAACGAAUUGGACGAGAACCGACGAAAAUUGGAAGACAAAUCUAUCACGUUAGAUUCUCUGACUCGAGAAUUGGACCUAGUCAAGUUUCAGUCUCUUGCCAUAAAUAGUCCACACCAUGAGGAAAUCGCCUCUUUGGAAGUCCAGCUCAAAGCUGUCCAGUCUCGGAAUUCAUUUUUGGAAAAUGAGCUCCAAUCCCAGUCGGACAAGAAUUCACGAAUUUUACAAGAAUUUGAUACCAUGAGAGAACUAAGUGAUGUCAAAAAUAAAGAAUUGAGGGACAAAAUUCACAACUUAGAAUUAUCACUGUUACAACAACAUGACCAUUUCAGCAAGCAAAUUCAAGCAUUUACCGAUAGCAUGAACACACAGAAAACAUACAUUUCCGAAAUGGAAGAGCAGCUACGUGAUAAGGACGAUGAAAAUCAAAACAUUUUACUAAAAGCUCAAGACCAUGUCAAAAAUUUUAUGGACGAUUCCCUUGAAUCGAUACAAAAAUUGGAAAUAGAAAAACAGGACUUGCUCAAAAUGAAUGAGGAAUUGGACAAUGAGUUGGACAAGUUGAGACAAAAUCUCGCUCUUUGUUCUGAUCGAAUAUCUAACCAUGGUCAAGUCUGUAUCCAAAUUUGCAAAGAUGCAUUACAACCUGGUCAACUCGUCGGGACCGAUUUGUCGACUGACAAGUCUCAAUUGUUAGUGAUACUCAAGGAUGAAGGGAAACUCAGCCAUCAGCAAGGGCUCAGCACUGAUCAAAAGUUGUCUUGGGAGGAAUCCAUGCUGAGAAAAGUUGCCAAUUAUUCUUUGAGAACUUCCACUACUCAGUUUCUCGAAAAAAUUGACCAUCUUCAAGGGAGGAUUUCAGAACUUGAAGAUAAGCUCAAAUUGGAUAAAUACCAGCGGGGCGAGGAGGUCAGCAAAUUGCAGAAGAAAUGCAAGAAGUAUGGACAACUCAUUCGAAAACUGAGAUCAAGGAUGUUACCCUCACUUGAGAACGAACAUUAUGCUGAUGCUAUUGUUCUGAAACGACCAACUGCCUCAUUUCACAACACGAAUACGAACAAAUUAUUCGCUAAAAAGUCUCACAUUCUUGUAACGAGGAAGACAACUAUUCCAAAGAAAGCGCGGAGAAAGAAGGGAGAAAAGAGGUGUAUCACUCUUACCAUGCUACAAGAGAAACAUGUGCAUUUUCAAGAAAUUUUGAAAAAUGUUGGAUAGUUAUCCUAAUCUGUUUUUAAGUUUUUAAUAAUUUGUAAACAAAAAUUGAAUUGCUGUCAAUGAAUUUCAGUAAUAAACUUUUAUAACAGCAACGACAAAAA